CCCGAAAUGGCCCAAUUUCGGACAAAAUGAAAUAAGAUAAAACACUCUCUCCUCACGCGAACAACACUCUUCCUUUCUCUACACUUCUCAGUGAAGCAACUCCUAUCUUGCUAAAAUCUCUCCCAAUGAAGUUGGUGAGUACUAUCUAAAAGCUGAUGAACAUUUCCAAACCAAGAUUAGUUGUCAUACAAACACAGAGAUUGUCAGCAUUCUGAAGUAAUAGUUGACUGAAAACAGCAACAAAUGUUUCGGGACAGUUGUUUUGGCUACUUCCUUGACUUGCCUCCAUUCAACAAUCAAAAUCAACUCAUAUAUGCUUUGUUACUGAAGGAAAUUGCCCCUGAUUGUGAAAAAGAGAUAUGGAUUAAACUCAAUGGUAAUACCUUGCGGUUCGACAUUAGAGAAUUUGCUUUGGUUACUAGGUUGAAGUGUUACGAAGAUGAUAACACUGUGUAUGAUGAGCCAGAAGUCAACAGGUUACUGAAAGAGUAUUUUCCCGGAGAUGGAAAAAAAUCAGUAAUGAGGGAGAGUUUGCUUGAUCACUUCAAGUAAAAGGGUUGGAAAUCAGAUGAGGAUGCACUCAAGAUGGCCAUACUAGUAUUCGUUCACCAUUUCCUUUUCUCUGAUGCUAAUAAGCACAGUAUAUUAAAAAAAGAUUUUGAUAUAGUUGAGAGUGGUCAGUAUCAGAGGUAUGCAUGGGGCAUAAAAGUAUUUGAAGAAAUGUUCAGAACAAUGAGGGAUAAACUGCGUGCCAAGUUGACGAUGUACAGGCUCGGGGGUUUGCCACUUGCAUUUAUGAGUGUUGCUCCACGAUUGAAAAAACUGUAGCUUCUCGUAUUGGCAAUAGUGUGAAACACAUCCUUAACUAGCAAGUCAAAGAAGCUCCGACGUUUGUGGACCUAACUAGUGGGAAAUCAUGACUAGUAUUUACCAGUUGGAGUACCGAAACAUUACCCCUACCAGUGAAGAGAUAUCAAGGCUGAAUCUUGCAGUAUUGUCUGAAGAUGUCAAUUUUGAUCUUCCAUUGGAAGAAGAUGUGCCUACGUUUGACAAUAAUCAUCCUAACGUUGCAUUCCCAGUUCAUCCACAGAAGCAGCAGCCUCGUCCGAGAUGCAAAUAGUUCUGCGAGCCCUAAUGAUUUGAAGACUGAAAUUAGUGAGUUGAGGCUUGAAGUCGGAGAGCUUACCAAAAAAGUUGUGGUACUCAACAAUUACGUGGUUUCUUCCUUUGAAAAACUCUUCAACUUGUUUGAUUCCAAGGCAACCAAGAAAAAAGAGGAUGGCGUUCCUGUUUCUGAGAAACAUCAAAGUGUUGAUGAUGAUGAUACAUAUGACCACGACGGGUAUCAGCAUUUCGAUGAUCAUGACUUUGUCGCGAAUGUUCCUGAAGGAAAUAUGCCUGCUGAGGAAACUAAGUCACAUGUCAAGGAAAAUGAGGGAGUUAUUGGUGGUGAGGCAAACUAA